AUGGGUGGUCCGACCACUGUUGCCGCUGCAACAGCAGCUGGCGACGGUUCAUCUUCGUCUUCCUCGGCAGCACCCGUAGGAGCAUCAUCAUCGUCAUCAGCAGCAGGAACAGCAGCGGGAGCAGCAACAACAACAGCAUCAACAGGCGAUGAUACCGCAGCUAUUCCCUCUGGUUUUCUGGGUACUCUGGUUCCUGUGCGUCGUACAUUUAUAGAAGAAGUGCCUGAAGAUCUUCGCUGCCCCAUUUGUUAUGACGGUGCAGCAAACUGCAGCACGCGCUGCGGUCACGCCUUCUGUCUCCACUGUCUAUACAGCCACAUCACCACCCGCAUCAUACAUCAACAAAACACUGCCUGUCCCCUCUGCAGAUCUGCUAAUGCUGGGCUCGGCAUCAGCACCGUCUCAGGAGAGAAGUCAGCAAGGGCUCGUGCAUUGCGUGUGCGUUGUUUGGGUUAUGAGGGGGGUUGUAUGGUGGAGGGCCCUUUGGCUUCGGUUGAGCAGCACGAGGCCUCCUGCCCCUCCGUCCUCAUCUUCUGUAGAUUCAGAGACGCGGGGUGCAGCACCCCUGUGCUGCGCAGAGAGGCUUCCCUUCAUGAGAACCGCUGCCGCUUCAACCCCGCCGUCCGCUGCUGCCAGCAUUAUCUCUCCGGCUGCAGGGUCCGCGGUAUUGAGGAGCUGCUGCAGCAGCACGAACCUCGCUGCAGGUACCGGAAUAUGCAGAAGUUUGUAAGCUGUCGCCACGCGUCUUUGGGUUGUGGUUUGCGGGUGCGAAAGCAGUACCGCGAGCGGCACGCCGACUGCUGCGCCUUUAGAAUCCUACAUGAAUUAAAAACAGGCAACAAGCAGCAGCAGCAGCAGCAGCAGCAGCAACAGCAACAGCAGCAGCAGGAUGCACUCAGCAGCGCCCCGGCCAGUGAAUGCGGUGCCGAAGGAGCAGCAGCAACAGGAGAUGCUUCCUCCUCAGCAGCAGCAACAGCAGCAGGAGCAGAAGCAGCCGACGCUUGCUCCACAUCAGCGGAAGCUGCUGCCCCAUCAACAGCAGCAGCAGCAGCAGCAGCAGCAGCUGGUGGUGGUGGUGGUAGUGAGUUGAAGACGAGUGACUGCGCGGACUUGUGUUUGGCGCUGCAGUGGAGCUCGCAGCAGCAGCUACCUGAUGAGCUGCUGCUGCUGCGGCUGCAGGAAUUUCUGCCGAAUGUUGCAAAUAUAGCAGAGGGAAGAUUUCCAGGAGAAUUUCAUGUUGUACUCAAACAGUAA